AUGCGCUUACCAGAUAGCGACAACACAUCCUGUGAAGAUGCAGAGAUGCCUUGGGUUCCUCGCCCAGAUCUCUUCGGAACACGGCCAAAUUCGUGGUGUGGUGUUUCGAAGGAGGUCAUCGAUGUCUUUGGGCAAGUCUUAGCUUUGUGCCGCAGCGCAUGUGACACCAGCAGACCUCGAAGCACGCUGACUGUGCUGGCGACGAGCAAUGUUCUCUGUGACAUGGCUCUUGCGCACGAAUUCCAGAGAGAGCUUCUUGGCAUGGACUUUGAUGCUCUGAUCCUUCAGGAAGAGGAUCACGGCUUUCCCGUGCAGACACGAGACGACAGCACGCCCAUCUCACAUCUGCUGUUGACUGCGGAAGCUUAUCGUCAAGCCUCACUUCUACAAUUGCAUUUGAGUUUCAGUGACCUGGAAACGAAACAGAAUAGGAAGAGUUCUGCUAGUACACCAUUCAAAAUAGAUGCAUCCCAGUUUAAAGGAGAUGAGCAGGCUCGGGCAGAAUUCUUACUCAGAAUGACACUCGAGCUCGUGGAAAUACUCAUACAAAUUCCUGCCGAGUCAGGCUCGAAAUCUAUCCACCCAAUGCUCUACGUUUCUGCCGCUGCAGGGCUCCGAUAUUAUGCUUGGACAGAAACGCAAGAUAUCUCCUCGGCUUCCGUCCCCGCUAAGGAGACCGGUGUCAUCACAAGAGCUACUUUGAGUGAGGACCCAGGCUUGUUCCUCCCGGCACACUCCAUGGAGAUAUCAGCCGCGAGGAAAUUUGUCUGGGCACGGCUGAGCGGUCUCCAACAGGCAUUCCCAGAGAGAACAAGUGAUAGUACAUUGCGGCUUGUUAAAGCAAUAUGGAAGGAGUACGAUGAUUCGUCGUCUGGCCAUCCGUGUGCACAUUGGCUUGACGUGAUGGCAGAGACUGGUCUUGGUAUUACGCUGUGGUGA